AUGACGUUAAAAACUUUGGAAUCCAACUUGCAGCGAGUAAAAACAGGCGAUGCCAAGGCCAGUGUUCAUCGCAUGGAAAUCGACAGGAUUCGUUAUGUCCUCAGCAGCUACCUGCGCUCUUGUCUGCUGAAGAUUGAAAAGUUUUUCCCUCAUGUCCUGGAAAAGGAAAGGUCUCGGGCUGAAGGACAGCCGCCCCUGCUUUCUCCUGAGGAGUUUGCGUUUGCCAAAGAGUACUAUGCCAGCACAGAAACCUACCUAAAGGCUGUAGCGCUGAAACGCAUGCCGUCCAACUUACAGACUGUGGAUAUGCUCAAAGCAGUGCCUGAGCCCUGUUUGGACUCCUUCGUUUUUCUGCGAGUGAAGGAGAGACAAGAAAACAUUUUUGUUGAGCCUGAAACGGACGAUCAGAGGUAA